UCCAGUUUACUUCCUGGGAAGGUCAGGCUCUGAAUUUGAAAAUGCAGGAGUUGUUGUUACUGUUGCUGUACCUGCUGAUGAAGAGAAGGGCCAGCCCUCAGUGGGAGAUGGCUGGACGAUGGGACAAGAUGCAGAGGACAAUCUGGCUUCGGCAAUAUUACAUGCAGAGACAAAAGAGACUGAUGACACUGCUGAUUGCACGACGAUGCAGAAGCAACUAUUACUUUCACCCUCGUGCGUGGCCCAGCAUUAGGAACACUGACUGGUGGGAACGGGUGGUCCUGAAAGACUUCCAGCCCCACGACUGGGUGGAGAAGUUCCAGAUGCCUAAGGAGACUUUCUUCUACGUGUGCAACCAGCUGCGGCCCAAGCUGGCGCAUCAGAGCAUCCACUUCCACCCUGUGCUGCCUCUGGAAAAGAGGGUAGCUGUGGCCCUUUGGCAUUUGGCCACCAAUGUAGAGUACCAGAUUAUCAGCCCUCUUUUUGGGGUGGGCCCCUCCACAGUACAAAAGUGUGUCCAGGAGGUGAGCUACACGGUUGUCCUGCUGCUAAAGCCAGUCUACCUCCGCCUGCCCAGCGAAAAGGAACUGGAGAACAUGGUGUGCAUCUUCAGGGCCAGGUGGGGAUUCCCACAUUGCAUCGGUUCUUUGGACAGCCUCCACAUCCCCAUCAACGCACCUUUGCACCUCAGUGCUGACUACUGCAACAGCCAGGGCUGGCACUCCAUCGUCACACAGGCUGUGGUGGAUGGGUUAGGCCAGUUCUGGGAUGUCUGUGCUGGCUUCCCUGGCAGCAUGGAGAACAGUGCCAUGCUGGAGAGUUCGAGCUUGUGGGUGUUAGCCAGAGAUGGCUACUUGUUCCCAAACCCCCCAAAACAUUUCAUGGGGAGGGCACAAAAGUAUGUCCUACCGGGAGAUGCGUCUUAUCCUUUGCAAGACUGGAUACUCAAGCCUUACCAGGAAGAUGGGAAACUCACCCAGCAGCAGCUUCAGUUCAACUACUGCCUGAAGCGAGCCCACAGCGUGAUCGAGAAUGCCUUCCUGCGCCUCAAGGCUCGCUGGCAGUUCCUCCUGAAGUGCGAUGACUGUAGCCUGGACCUGCUGCCCACUGUGAUACUUGCCUGUUGCACCCUGCACAACGUAUGCGAGGCACAUGACAACCCCUUCAAUGAUGAGUGGCUGGAGGUCAUCGAGCCAGCAGAGUUCCCAAAACCUUGUCACCCUGUGCCCACAUCCAUGGACGACAGCAGUGCUGAGCAAGUGCGAGAUCUCAUGUGUCAGUAUUUUGAAAGCUGUGGAGAAGGCUGAUGGCUACAGAGGCAGUGACCAUACACUGCAGCUCUCAGACUUUAGAUUAACUCUAAUAAACAUAACAUUGUCCCAGCAAUCAAGGGCUGCUAAACAGGAAUGACAUCCUCGUGUCUGCUGCAACACCCUUCUGAGGAACGAGGAUGGCUUGCAAGGUUGGAGCUGAGAUAGCCUGGCCCCAUCACCAGGUGCAGUCCAGAGGAAGUCAGUUAUGUUACAGUUAUACAGUUUUUGCCAUAAAGAUUUCAGGCAAUGGGAUGUAUUUCAUAUGCUUGUAAUCUUCCAGGAUUUGGACAAAUGUGAGACAUGUUCUGUGAUAUAAAAAUAAAAUGGGGGAUCUAGGUUUGG